UCUCGCACGACUCUACGAUCACAGGCAUACUCUCUGUUUGCCUUUGGGAUAAAAGUUUUUGAGAGCACCUCUCUGCUAGUCAAUUGGUGAGUGCAUCAAAUGGAUUCAUCUUCAUCUAAUAAUGAUGGAGCAGAGCAAGUAAUGGAUCAACUUCUGCAAGCUCAGGCCCACAUAUGGAAGCAUUGCUACAGAUAUGUUAGUUCGAGGUGCUUGAAAUGCGCCAUAGAACUCGGCAUACCUGACGCAAUCCACAGCCAUGGUGGACCCAUGACCUUUAACCAGCUUGUGGAAGCGAUCCCAGUCCGUCCUGGGAAGGCUCAUUGCCUAUACCGCGUUAUGCGUGUCCUCGUCCACUCGGGCUUCUUUGACCUGCGGAUCAUAAAAACUGGUGGAGCUCAUGAGGAUGAAGAGUCUUAUUCGCUUAACAGUGUGUCCGAACUCCUCCUCAGAGACAAUCCCGUCAAUAUAGAACCCUUUGUGCGGUUCAUGCUCAGCCCCAAUCUGAUGAAGCCGCUAAAUUGUAUGAGCGCCUGGUUCCAAAAUGAUGAUCUUUGCACGGUAGAGACGGCCCAUGGAAUGAAACCGUGGGAUCUUAUGGUCAGAGAUCCCAAGUUUGGGAGCCUAUUCAACAGUGCCAUGGCGAGCGACUCUCAGUUGGUUGCUAGGAUGGUGACAGACUGCUGCAAGUGGGUGUUUGAAGGAUUGAAGUCGCUCGUGGAUAUAGGCGGCGGGACUGGGGAGAUGGGCAAGGUGAUAGCAGACGCCUUCCCACAGAUGGAAUACACCGUGUUCGAUCUCCCGCAUGUGGUGGCCAGUCUUCAAGGAACUAGGAACUUGAAGUAUGUUGGAGGGGACAUGUUUAAUGAGAAAAUCCCACCCGCUGAUGCAAUUCUCUUGAAGUGGAUAUUGCAUGACUGGAACGACGAAGAGAGCGUACAAAUACUGAAGAAGUGCAAGGAAGCUAUACCAAUAAAAGAGGAGGGAGGGAAGUUGAUCAUCAUAGAGAUGGUGAUGGACAACCCGACUGAAGGAGAUGAGAAGAUUAAGGAAACACAGCUCUCCGCCGACAUUUUCAUGAUGAACGCCAUGGGAAUAGAAAGAAACAGAGAGGAAUGGGCCAAGCUUUUUGCGGAUGCCGGUUUUAGCAGUUACAAGAUGAGUCCUAUAUUGGGUUUACGAUCUGUUAUUGAAGUUUAUCCAUGAUUCCCCUCUCAUUUACUAUGAAAUGUGGAUUUGGUUAUCACUGGAGAAGAACUUGAUAAUAAACAAAAGUCGCCUUAAGGGUAUUGUAAUGCUCUUCUCUGUCUGGAGAUGAGAUUAGAUGGUCGUCAUUAUUUACUUCGGGUGAUGUUUUUCAUAAUACUCUUUGUACGUCUAAAAUUUAAAUUCAAGGUUAUUCGCUGAGCCUUGUGUCCU